AUGCAUAUCUAUCUAUCUAUCUAUCUAUCUAUCUAUCUAUCUAUCUAUCUAUGUUCGUAUCUGUCUUUACUCGUAUCUAUCUUAGUCUGCCUCUAUCUAUCUAUCUUUGUUAGUAUAAUCUUAGUCUGUUUCUAUCUGUCUAUGUUCACAUCUAUCUAUCUAUCUAUCUAUCUAUCUAUCUAUCUAUCUAUCCUCAUUUUUUUUAUCUAUCUAUCUAUCUAUUUCAUGCGAAAUGUGUACGCAUAUUCCAUUAUAUCACUAUCUAUCUAUCUAUCUAUCUAUCUAUCUAUCUAUCUAUCUAUUAUAUAUCUCGUCUUUUAUAUAUCUCAUCUGUUCGUAUCUCUCUCUCUCUCUCUCUCUCUCUCUAUCUAUCUAUCAUCUUCCUAUUUCUGUCAUCUUAUCUAUCUAUCUAUCUAUCUAUCUAUCUAUCUAUCUAUCUAUCUAUCUAUCUAUCUAUCUAUUUAUGCCACUUAA